AUGAGCCAGGAAGAGAAGUUCGACGCCGUUACGGACUCGGAGAAGGAUGUCGGGUCACUCGUGGGCGAUCUGCACAACAACCAGCUGUUUGCGAAGACCCGGUGGAGUCGGCAGUUGCUGAGAUGGGGGGUGGAGGAAAGAGGCAUCCUUCCCGUCCCUCCGGAAGAGCGGACGGAUAGACACUACAGCAAAGUCUUCUUUGUUUUCCUCUCCGCAAACUUCAACAUCCUCUCAUUCUCGGCCGGUACGCUGGGACCGAUCGCAUACGGACUCGGGCUCCGGGACACAUGCCUGGUCAUCCUCUUCUUCAACCUCCUAACGAACAUACCUCCGGCAUACCUCGCGACGUUCGGCCCCAGGUUAGGCCUCCGGCAGAUGUGUCAAGCACGUUACAGUUUCGGGUAUUUUGGCGUUAUCAUUAUGAGCCUCUUUGGCAUGGCGACGGGGAUGGGAUACAACAUCCUGAAUUGUAUUCUUGGAGGCCAAACAUUAUCAAGUGUAUCGAAUGGACAUCUCAGUUGGACGGUCGGAAUUGUAAUCAUUGCCCUAAUCUCGCUCUUCGUCUCUUUCUGUGGCUAUAAGGUCCUCGUAUGGUACGAGCGCCUGAUGUGGAUACCAGUGCUCGUCGCAUACGUCGUCGCCGUUGGACUCGGGGGCAAGCACCUCAUCAACCCUCCGCCGGCAGAACCGGCGACCGCAGCCGACAUCUUGAGUUUCGCCUCGGUCAUCGCGGGCUUUGUGAUCAGUUAUGGGCCGUGCAGCUCGGACUACACGCUCUAUUACACACCGGACGUCCCAGCUUGGAAGGUCUUCAUGUACACUUACCUCGGGCUGAACGUCCCCAUCAUCACCCUCCAAUGUCUCGGCGCCUCGUUCGCCGUGGCCGCGUCCACGGUGCCCGCGUGGAACGACGGGUAUACCAACGGCAACGUCGGCGGGCUGCUCGAGGCGGUCCUCAGCCCCGUAGGCAACUUUGGCAAGUUCCUGACGGUCAUGCUCGCGCUCAGCGCGACGGGGAACAUCGCGAUCACGCUCUACUCGUUCUGCAUGUCCUUCCAGGUGUUCAUCCCGCAGGCGAUCCUCGUCCCGCGGUACUUCUUCUCCGUGCUUGCCACCGCGAUCGUCAUCCCGCUGUCGAUCGUGGGCCAGCACAAGUUCUACGACACGCUGAGCAACUUCCUCGGGCUGAUCGGCUACUGGACGAGCGCGUUUUGCGCCGUCGUGAUCGUCGAGCACCUCGUCAUCCGCCGCGGCGCCUUCGCGAACUACGACCUGCGCUGCUGGAACGACUACCGGCGGCUGCCGCUCGGGCUCGCGGCCAUCGGCGCGUGCCUGCUCACGGUCGGGCUGAUCGUGCCGUCGAUGGGCCAGGUGUGGUUCGUCGGCCCGUUCGCGCGGACGACGGGCGACAUCGGGUUCGAGCUGGCGUUCGUGGCGACGGCGCUGUUUUAUGUCCCGCUGAGGAUGCUGGAGUUGAGGUUUAGGGAGUUGGUGUAG